AUGAGUUCAACCGGGACAUACGGCCACGGAAUCAAUCCGCAGAAUUCAAACGGAACAAUCUGCUGGUCCGAGAUCUUCGCCCGCCAUGAGGCUGUCCUUUCUUCUCACAUGGAAAUGCUCAGUCUGGUAAAGGGUCAGAUUGCGCCGGAGGUAGCUGCGUCUCAGACGGUAUCUUCGAUGAUGAAGAAAACAGUCCAGGCGAUGAAUCAAUUGAAAAUUGCCAGAAAACAAAUGAUGAACAAGCCUCCAAAUGCAACCUCAGCUUCCAUUCCCUCCAAAACCCCACCAACCACCGACACAGAGGCGAACACGCGCAAGAAGAGACGGCGAGUGUCCCAAGAAAAGGCACCAGUCCACCCUGAGUCCGAAGCCGCAGAAGAAUCGAGCUCCUCAAAACGAUCUUGUGAUAACUCCUCCCAGUCAUCAGGCGAGCCAGACGGUGGCUUCACAUCGACGUCACUGGAGACAGAGGAUAUCUCCGCAGAAGUGCAGCGACGAUUGAAAAUCAGGGAAGAGAUGCGCCAAAGGAGAACGACACCCUGGCAGGAGAAGCGCAAGCGCGAUAGUAUGGCAUCAAAUGAUGACACAUCGCCCACUGAAGCUACGGCUCGACCUCACAAGAAGAGGGCCAAGAUGAGUGUCAAGGUCAAGAAUGAGUGGAAGAGGGGCAGUGACCAGGGGGAUGAGGUUGAUACUGUGAGCAAGAAACGGCGCAGGACACCUUAA